AUGAAGUCGAGCUCAAGAGGCGGCGGAUCUGGAGGCCGAGGCGGGGGCGGCUGGGGGGGCGGCGGCUGGGGCGGGGGGCGCGGCGGCGGCAGCAGCGGGGGGGGCAAGGGAGGGGGCGACGGCGGCGGGCCGGGGGCCAAGGGGGGCUUCGGGGCGCGGACGCGCGGCUUCGGCGGCGGCCGGGGCCGGGGGCGCGGCGGCGGGGACGGGCGGGACCGCGGCGGCGGGCAGAGGCGCGGCGGCGUGGCCAAGGGCAAGAACCGCCGCAGGAAGCUUGCCAACAUGGUGUCGGUGGAGCCGCACCGCCACGAGGGCGUCUUCAUCUACCGCGGCGCGGAGGACGCGCUCGUCACGCUCAACAUGGUGCCCGGCCAGUCGGUGUACGGCGAGCGGCGCGUCACGGUGAGCGAGGGCGGCAGCAAGCUGGAGUACCGCACCUGGAACCCCUUCCGCUCCAAGCUGGCCGCCGCCAUCCUGGGCGGGGUCGACCAGAUCCACAUCAAGCCCAAGUCCAAGGUGCUGUACCUGGGCGCCGCCUCGGGCACCACCGUGUCCCACGUCUCCGACAUCAUCGGCCCCGACGGGCUGGUGUACGCGGUCGAGUUCUCGCACCGCGCGGGCCGCGAUCUGGUCAACGUGGCCAAGAAGCGAACCAACAUCAUCCCGGUCCUGGAAGACGCCCGGCACCCGCUCAAGUACCGCAUGCUCAUCGGGAUGGUGGAUGUGAUCUUUGCCGAUGUGGCCCAGCCGGACCAGUCCCGCAUCGUGGCUCUGAACGCCCAUACCUUUCUGCGCAACGGCGGCCACUUUCUCAUUUCCAUCAAGGCCAACUGCAUCGACUCCACCGCCUCUGCCGAGGCGGUGUUUGCUUCUGAGGUGAGGAAGCUGCAGCAGGAGAACUUAAAGCCGCAAGAGCAGCUGACCCUGGAGCCCUAUGAGAGGGACCACGCGGUGGUCAUCGGAGUGUACCGGCCCCUUCCCAAGAGCAGCAGCAAAUAG